GGGUUUACAUACUGCGAAAGUAAAAGCGAUAAGAUAAGACACGAUAAUUUCAAUCGAUAUAAAAGAAAGAAACAGAUGAUUUGGAACAUCAUCAGUAUCAAAAAUUGAAAAUGGGCAAUACCGUUACCAACGGCAAUACAGACUCAAGCAGAAAGGUGGAAGAAAAAGAAAAGAGAUGCUUUGGACAAUAUAAAUGUCCAAAAUGUGAGAGACGUUGGUCCAGUGGGAAUACAUGGCCUAACAUGGGUCAGCAGUGCGAAAAAUGUCUUAUCUUUGUUUUACCAUACAGUACGGUACCGCUGGAAAACUUCUUUGUCAAAAAUGCAUAGAACUCGGCUUCCAUUGCGGGACUUACUCAAGGUAGCCGGUGGGACAACAUCUAUCUGUCUAUAUAGCAUAUUAUGA